AUGUUUGCUUACCUUGCCCCUCAGGGACUUCUGCAGCACAUCCAACAGAGACUGACGGGGCUCUUCAAGCUCCCUGUCUGUGGCAGAGAGAUCUGGCUCGACAACAGACGCCAUCAUGCGUGCCAUGAAUGCGUUCUCAAGCGCGACUUCGGGCCCUUCUCCUCUAGUGGCAACCGCGCGCAAGCGCGGCGGAUCAGAGAGUUUAUAGAGGAAGGAUAUGCGAGGUUGCGCAAGGACGGAGAAGUCUCCGCGAUGCCGCCGAAAAAUACUUGUCCAGACAGCGAGGAGAGCGAAAACGCCUCUUCUUUCACCGAAGAAUCUGCGGACAACCAACUAGUGUUCUGGACCGACAAGGGGAUGCUCCACGCCGCGGUAAUUUGGCUCAAGGCCGACGGUGCACGGAUGUCGCCUUCACCUUCAGCGACGAGACACCAUGCAGAAGAAAACGCCCAGUGCAAUGAGCACUCUACGGAGCCGAAACAGACAGUGGAAUCCCAGGGCAACCUGAGUAAUGGUGUAGAAAGCCCGAAUAGAGGAAAGCGUCAGUCUAUCGAGCGGUCUCAUCCUCUCCAGUCUGCCGGCUGCAAAAAACGCUUCAGUGGGCUCGCGUGCUGCAUGCCCUUCCUGAGUCGCAAGCAUCCGCUUCAAGCUGGUUCGCCUAAGCCUCCAGAAACGCUUCAGAUAUCUGCUCAGUCACCGGAGCCUCCCACAGCUGCGGAAGAAAAAGGCGAGAAGGGAAGCGAGGGUAGAAAGCAAAAGAGGUCAAAGGACGUCGCAGCGAAGCCGGAGCAUGAAACCAACCGAACAGCUGGCGACACGUCGAACGCUCCCGACUAUGCUCGCAGCGCAGAAAAAGUGGCCCACGAGGGUGCAGAAAUCAAACUGCCGGACGGUGGAGUGGGAGAGACUAAGCUACAUGGCUCCGUUCAGGAGGAGAAAACCAAUUCCGACAGGCCGGAGGAGGAACCACAUGAGGAUAGCCGCGCAGCUGUCUCGAGCCACUCACUGAACCACGUUUGCGAGGCAGAGCCAGCUGUUGAAGGUUCAACGCAAAUCGAGCAGAAUUCUGUAACUUUGGCCGCGAAGCAGCUUGUGGCAGAUCUGAUCAAGAAAGCCAGCUUCAGCGUUUGCGAAGGCAAGGGGGGAAACUCCUCUUCGCGGCACGCGGAAGUACCCGCGCUCCAGCUGGACAAAAGGCUAGAGAACGGAGACACGCCAUUGAAGAUGAUGGGGGUAAGCGCGUCCCAAGACAACCAAAGGGCUAGAGGUGAAUGA